AUGUUUCCUGAAGUUGCAAUAGAUGAUAACAUCACAACAGAGGCUCUGGUGAAAAACCCUGUUACCCCAAAUCUCCAUCCAGUACUUCUCAGCGCAGAUCUAUUAUCUCGUCCCCCUACCCACGGGGGGAGUUUAUCCAAUCGCUCAACUCCCACAACCCAUCGUCCAAAUCACAGAACGGGUGCAGCGUUCCUGUGUUCCAUAUGCGGCAAAUCUUUCUCUUGGAAAGGGAGCCUCGUUGAUCACCAGAAAACUCACACUGGGGAGAAGCCAUAUUCGUGUUCGGAAUGCGGGAAAAGUUUUUCCAAGAAAACUAAGCUCACGUUACAUCAGAGAAUCCACACGGGAGAGAGGCCGUUUUCAUGCUCGGAAUGUGGUAAAAGUUUUACAAGGAGGGACCAUCUUAGCAUACACCAGAGGACCCACACGGGGGUGAAGCCCUACUCCUGUUCGGAAUGCGGGAAGUGCUUUAGCCAGAGAGCCUUUCUCAUCGUACACCAGAGAGCUCACACCGGGGUGAAGCCGUAUUCGUGUACAGAAUGUGGGAAGUGUUUUACUGGGAAAGCCCAUCUGAUUGUACACCAGAGAACUCAUACUGGGGAGAAGCCACAUACAUGCCCAGAAUGUGGGAAGUGCUUUACUGAAAGAUCUCAACUUCUCCGACAUCGGACUUGUCACUCCAGUAAUUGUCCAUAUCCAUGUCCUGUGUGCGGGAGAACUUUUAGCAGCAAAUCGGGCUUGGGGAGACAUCAAACCCUGCACACAGGCAGCAACCCGCACAUGAUAUCAGAAUGAGUAAAAAGGUUCUAGAGAUAACCUUCCUUUUUGUCACAUCCCCACAGGGGACUAGAUACUCCUGUGUCAAGAAACGGCAGAUAAGCAAACUUACGCACACACAGAUGUCUUUCCUACUUCCGUCUUAAAUUUUUA